AUGAACCUGACGGCACAGCAACGCAACUCUGUUCCACGCUGUAUACGGCAAUGUGUCCGUCAAGGGCAGGCAGACGGCCGGAGACAGGGUGCAUAUGCGUAUUGCAAUCAAGCACAAGCAAGCGGCAGGCGAACUGAGUCCGGCGACAGAUGCGGGUUCGGAUUUCAUACGUUGCACGAGCAAGCUCGGCGGUACUACUACCAGCCGUGUCGGGACCAGGACCAGGACAAUGUAAACGUCUCGAGCGAGGUUGGAGACGCCAGCCCUGCCGCCAACAGACAGGCGCCUAUCGUCGCCAUUACGCCACGCUUGAUGGGUGCCGCUUACAGCGGCUAG